GAAGUAUUGUAUCAACGAUGAGAUUGACAAGCGCUGCCCAGUGCCUCAGCACAGCCUCGGUUCUCUACAAUGCUGAUCCUUCCUUGGGACCGUCCAGCAUACCGGUACCGGUAACCACAGAUGCCAAGCUGAAGUUGCCAUUGUUGUUUCCACCGCAGGAACCCUCCGUCAUUUUCCUAGAGAAUCUGCCUCCUCACUUUGACGUUUGGUCCAAGAUUUCACCUAAAGUGCAGAGCAGUCGAUAUGGAGGUGAAGUUAGAGUUGAAUGGCAGGUGAAUAAUGGAGAGGAAGGUCAGGAGAAAGCGAUCGAAUCCGUCUUGAAACAAGCUUCCGGUAGCCUCCUGUCAGAAGUCCAGCGUAGAUUGUUUGUUUUCAGGCAUUCUGCCAUGACAACCUUGAAAGGCAUAAAGGGCUACAAGGUCAAACUGGCCGUGUAUUGGGGUGGAUCGGGUACCCGUUGUCCUGCUUGGCAUCAGGACUAUGUCCCUGUUAGAUGGAUCCAAUCUUUCUUUGGCCCCGGAACUGAAUUUGUACUCCCUGAUGGCAACAAUCCCUACUUGGAGCGCAUUGCGAAUCCUGACAAAGUCCGAGAGAUUGCGUUGGGCAAUGAUCGAUCUGAUUGGAAGGAACGCUUGAUGGAACAAUCUGGAGUGAAAACCCAUCAUGUACCGGGAGGCAAACCAGUGCUCUUGGUGGGGCAGAGUUGGAACCAAUGUGCCAAACCCAGAACAGAAGGCAGCAAUAAACGGGCUGCUGUGACACACAGAUCCCCUCAUGGGCUUGCGGCAGGAGAAGGUCGCGUUUUGUUGAACAUUGAUGUGAUUGUUGCCGACCCAGAUGGUGCCUGCGAUGGUCAUCACUAGCUACUGGUAGAACCAAUCAAACAGAAAGGUACCGUACUAACCUAAGUACAAAAAUGGAGUGCAAAUCAAUGGUUAUAGCAA